GAAGGCGGGAUUUCCGCCUCCUCGCUGUGUUGUCGUCUCUUCUCUGGCUUCUCCACCGUUGGGCCCGCAGAGCGAGCUCGGGGGUCAUGGAUGCCGCUUAGGGUCUCCUGACGCAACUGAAGAGAGACUCGAGACGAAUUCGCUCUUGGCCAGGAGGGUCCACCCCCUCACCCCUGGCCCCUCCUCCCUCAGGUGAUUAAGAUGCUGUUAUCCAUAGGGAUGUUAAUGUUGUCAGCCACACAGAUAUAUACUAUUUUGACUGUCCAGCUGUUUGCAUUCUUUAACCUACUACCUGUGGAGGCAGACAUUUUAGCGUAUAAUUUUGAAAAUGUAUCACAGACAUUUGAUGACCUUCCAGCAAGAUUUGGUUAUAGACUUCCAACCGAAGGUUUAAAGGGAUUUCUGAUAAACUCAAAACCAGAGAAUGCCUGUGAACCCAUAGCGCCUCCACCACUGAAAGACAACUCCACCAGUGCCUUCAUUGUGUUAAUUAGAAGACUUGAUUGUAAUUUUGAUAUUAAGGUUUUACACGCACAGAAAGCGGGAUAUAAAGCGGCCAUAGUACACAAUGUUGAUUCUGAUGACCUAAUUAGCAUGGGAUCCAACGACAUUGGUAUUUUAAAGAAGAUUGACAUUCCUUCUGUCUUUAUUGGUGAGGCAUCAGCUAAUUCACUUAAAGAUGAAUUCACAUAUGAAAAAGGAGGCCAUAUUGUUUUGGUUCCAGAGUUUAGCCUUCCUCUAGAAUACUACCUAAUACCAUUCCUCAUCAUAGUGGGCAUAUGUCUCAUCUUAAUUGUCAUCUUCAUGAUCACAAAAUUUGUGCAGGACAGACAUAGAGCUAGAAGGAAUCGACUUCGUAAAGAUCAACUUAAGAAACUCCCUAUACAUAAAUUCAAGAAAGGAGAUGAGUAUGAUGUAUGUGCCAUUUGCCUGGAUGAAUAUGAAGACGGAGACAAACUCAGAAUCCUUCCUUGUUCCCAUGCCUAUCACUGCAAGUGUGUGGAUCCUUGGCUAACUAAAACCAAAAAAACCUGUCCAGUAUGUAAACAGAAAGUUGUUCCUUCUCAAGGAGAUUCAGACUCUGACACAGAUAGUAGUCAAGAAGAGAAUGAAGUCUCAGAACAUACCCCCUUACUUAGACCAUUAGCUUCUGUUAGCGCUCAAUCAUUUGGGGCUUUAUCAGAAUCUCAUUCCCAUCAGAACAUGACAGAAUCUUCAGACUAUGAGGAGGAGGAUGACAAUGAAGAUAUUGAUAGUAGUGAUGCAGAACAUGAAGUGAAUCAAGAGAGUGUGGUUGUCCAGCUGCAGCCCAGUGAUGACAGGGAUUACAACAUAGCAAAUACAGUUUGAACUUCCAACUUUAUUCAUCCUCAUACCUUGUAUGAAAAAAAUUGUUGAUCAGCUUAUCCCUUUAUGUGUAUUUAAGUAUAUACUUUCAUUGUCCAUCCACCCCUUCAGUUACUUCUGUAAAGAGAAAUCUUAGUGUGUUUUACGGUUUAAUCAGAUUAUAUAUAUUUUUCUUAAUCAGGUUUUCAUCCACAAGAAGCACACUUCUUCUUACUAAAGCAUAACAUUAUCAAGGUGCUGGACCUCAAGCAUCAUUCUCUUUUUGGAAUGGAAUACAGCCAAAAAGUUUAAAAAAGAAAAACCACUAUAAGUAUGGCUUGCAGUGAAGACUUGAUUACAGUAUACAAGUAUAUUUAUCACCAUGAUGAAUUCUGCUGCCCACACCACGCAUGGCCUAGCCCAAUUUCCCAGAAUUUUUUGUAGCAACUUGUGCGUUCCUCCUAAACUCUUGUCAUUAUGACAGGUCAGGCCAUUCAGUAUUUUUCUCAUGAAUAUUACAAAAUGAAAUCAAAAUACCUAGUAACAGAAUUUUCUUUCCUCUUCACAAAUAGUAUUUUAAGCCAGAAGACAGGAGUUUGUGGUAGAGUGCAGAAAAUUUUGAUAUUAAGAUGGUUCUCAUAUUUAAUAGUGUUGAAUAUUAAUUUCAUCCAGCAGCUAGCUAAACUAAUAUGGCCCCACGUUUAUACUGACUUAAUCUUCAGGACUGAAGGAUUGUUUGUUUAUGUGUGACCAAAGCAAAAAGAUAGGCAAUACUGCAUAGAAACACUCACUAAAAUUUUAGCACAUGUUCUUCAGUUGAUCUUCUGAUUAUAUAUGUGUGUGUGUGUGUGUGUGUGUGUGUGUACGUACACACACACACACACACAUACUUCUCAAUAAAAAGCAUCUUAUGCUAAUCUAAACUAUGUAUAUAGAGAAAUUGUUUUCAAGUAUUUGAUUUGAAAAUGAGUGCUUAUAAAUAUUUAACAGAACUCAUGAUGUACUUUAACAAUGUAUUAUGAAAAGCUAAAUUAUAAAUAUAUAUGCCAUUGUAACUAUGUAGAAAGAAGUUAGACUCAUGUAUAAUGAAAAUAGAGAAUUUUUUAUGGCCUUGUAUGAGGAAAGUUUGAAAGUUAAUAAACAUGUUUUCCACUUUAA